AUGGACUAUAAAGGCCACUCAGAUGAGGUCUCAGAUGGAAAUGAGAAAAAGGAAUCUAGACAUGGAGAAGAGACUUAUGAAUUAGGACCAACCACAAAAGCCAGUCUGGCUUCAAUAACUGAUGUAAAUGACAAUUUGAAAAUGGUGGUAUCCAGACGACUGCUCAAUCAGCAAACAAAAGGGGCAUACACAGGGUCAAAGGGAUCCUGCGAAGUCAGGCAGCUGCUUCACAACAAGUUCGCGGUUGUCAUGGGGGACUCCAUCCAGCGGGCGGUGUACAAGGACCUGGUCCUCCUACUGCAGAAGGAUUGCCAGCUGAAGACCAGGGGCGAAAUAAGCUUUGAGCGUGACGUGCUGCUGGAGGGUGGCAGGUGGGGCCGCAUGCACAACAGCCCCCACUACGGCGAGGUUCGCCAAUUCUGCUCCAGCCACCACCUGGUGCGCUUCUACUUCCUUAAGCGUGCGUACUCGCCUUACUUCGGGGAUAUCCUGGGAGAGCUGCGGUGGGGCCCGCAUGCCCCCGACGUGGUCAUCCUGAACUGUUGCCUCUGGGACCUCUCCAGAUAUGGCCAUGAUUUCCAAAGGAGCUACCGGGAGGACGUGGAGAGCCUGUUCCGGCGCCUGGACCAGGUCCUGCCCCAGUCCUGCCUCCUGGUGUGGAACACAGCCUUGCCUAUGUCAGAAGUCGUCUCUGGAGUCUUCCUUGCCUCGGAAAGCGAGACUUGCUGUACCAGCCUGCGGAAAGCCGUAAUGGAGGCCAACUUCUACAGCUGUACAAAGGCGGUCAGGCGUGGCUUCGACAUGCUGGACCUCCAUUUCCACUUCCGCCACGCGGGGCAACACCGGCAGUCAGAUGGCGUGCUCGGACGAGGCGCGCACCGGCACCUCUCCUAGCUCCUGCUGGCCCACGUGGUAGAUGCCUGGGGUGUGGACCUCCCAGGCCACCACCCAGUGGGCAGGUGGAUCAGGGAUGACCUUUCGCUUGUAGGCAGACGUGCAGGACCGGCAGGCAGGAGGCAGCCCCAAGACAAUCCAGGUGACCCAAGAGAACCAGCCUUUUCCUGGCUCCCACCCACUCCCCCUUGGCGACCUUCUGUGCCUUUUCCCCAGGCUCAGACCCUGUUCCCACACUACCAUCACAGCACCCUUUUUUCUUCAGAUCCACCUUUGCAGCUCCAGCAACUUUUUGAUUCCUCAACGCGCCAAGUCAGUUAUACCAGGGAAGCUCACACCGUGGUAGCCCGUGAACCAAGGCUGGGCCCCAUCUGCCGAGUGUCCACCCAGCGCUCAGGCCAUGCAUCUCCGCCUUACCCACCGCGGCACCCCAGUGGCCCACGCAGCCGCCACGGAAGGCACACAGAGAGACGAGUCCAUGCACAUCCCGAGACAAGGCCAGAGUAG